AUGUCAAAUCCACUCUCCCCCCUCUCCUCCUCCUACCAGAAUGUGCGAGCCCGUUCAUCAAUGGCCGCAUCGUCGCCUUUCCUCACAAAAACCCUCGACGCUCCAUCCGCCACAGACUUGCCCUCGAGUCCAUUGAAGCAGACAUGGACAGAUCAAGAGGUCGAUUUACGCAGUCCGAGUCCCCGCCAAACACACAAUGACCAAACUCAAACCGAGAAUUACUUCCCUCAAACUCACGAUGACGAAUAUGACGACCAAGAACAAGACCAAGAUCCUGCUAGUUCACCUUUCCGCUACGAUACACGCGAUGAUACGGUGGAUUUCCAGACAAUGCGUGAAUACACGAGUCAACGACGACCCCCUGCCAGUGCCGGUGACAGUGCACGCCACCAAUUUCCUAUCGAAGAGGAAGAGGAGCCGCUGAGUUCGCCCUUCCGACCUGAUGCCCGUGACGAGAAUGAGGAGGAACCUAUCGAGUCUUAUCGCUUGUGUGAGGUACAGCCCAUGUCGCCGGGCUUGGAUAAACGCCUUGCUUUUGAGGAUCCGGCUAGCUCCCCGUUCCGUGCGGACCUUAGAGAUGAAACCGUCGAUUUCGAUAAGUUGCGUGAGAUGCAGGGUCCUACCUCACCUGGACUUGAUGAGCAGGGGGAGCAAAAUAUGAGCUCGCCGUUCAGACCUGAGGUUUUGGAGGAAACCGUUGAUUUUGAGAAGAUGCGCGAGGCGAAGCGCGAGUCAUUUGGAAAGAGACAGUCCGUUGGCGGGAUGGCGCAGGCUGCUCCUGUUGAGAGUGGUAGCUCGCCGUUCCGCCCGAAUGCGAAGGAUGAUACAAUCAGCUCGCACGUGUCUGGGGGCUUCCAGCGGGAAUCGAUUGGAGGACCGUCUGCUCAGUGUUCUCAUAGAGCGCGUAACUCGCCGUUCCGUCAUGAGAGAGACGAUACUGCCAAUUCGCGAACGUCGCAUGGUAUGCAGCGUGAGUCGCUUGAGAAAAGGAUGUCGAUUGAGAGGGUCAUGCAAAGUGCGCCUGUCGAGGCGGGUGGCUCGCCCUUCCGUCGUGCUUCAGAUGCAAAUGAUGAUACUGUCAGUUCUCAUGUGUCCCGUUCAGUGCAGCGAGAUUCGUUCGGAAAGUCUUCCCAGUCUCCUAUUAGUUCUCGCAACACUUCAUUCCGACGUGAUGAGAGAGACGACACGAUCAGUUCUCAGAAGCUUCGGUCCGCCCCUCGUUCCUCCCUAGGUGUUGACGGCUACCGCUCCACUGCCACGCCUAGGAAGCGCUCGUUCGAUCAGACACCGCAGUACCACGAGGCAGAUUCUCAGAAUAAUGAGCGAUGCAAGAAGGGCAUGAUGAGCCGAGUUGAAGCGCCGGAGAUCCAUGUUGAUCUCGAGGAAGAAUCCAGCGUCAUCCACGGCCAAAGCUUCGUCUCUGCGGCUAGUGCCACGUACGACCGAUCGACAAUUGCCAACAGCAUGAUCGAGGACAAGCGCAAUGAGGGCAUGAGUACUGUUCUGCACGAUGAGGAAGAUAACGGCAAAGAGAACGUACGCCUUGAACCUGCUGAUAGACAUUCCAUGCUAGAUGAAGAUGACCAUGACCCCAUGGAUGACACGGGGUUCAGCAACUUCUCCGUGCUGCCGGACAUGACCUCUUUCGCAAAGCUGCGUGCAGAGUCACCCCUGAAAUCUAUGCGCGGCAGCGUUGGCCCUGGCUUCGGUCCUUCGGCCGAUAUCUACCGCCGCAGUGUUGGCCCUUCUACCCCAGGAACUGCACGCAGAUCUUACAGAGCUAGUGCGUUGUUCGAUACAGGCUCACAGAUGGGGUCCCCCACGCCCAGACGCAGAGAGUCUCGGGAUGUUGGCAACCCCGGCGAGUCAUCCAAUCUCCUCGACUUCACGGAUCAGAUGAACUUCUUCCCGCGCCAGUCAAUGCAAGGUGCUCGCUACUCUCCAAGCCGCCGGUCUCCCAUGCAUGCCAUGCGUCAGUCUAUUCGAUCGCCGUCAAAGAUGUCGUCCCUUUUGGACUUUGAUAUCCCCCAAGCUCCGACUCCUCGUUCCCUUCCUUCUAUCACGCCGCGAGAACUUGAGUCAUUGAAGUCGGGCUUCAUGUCGGAGAUUUCCUCCCUCAAAGCUACUCUUAGCGGCAAGGAAGCAGAGGUUGCUAGUUUGAAACAGGCUGUUGCUGAUGCUGAGCGCCGUGUCGGAGAAGCCUUGGAAGAAGUUCGGAAUGAGGCUGCCCGGAAGGAUGAGCUUGAGAUGGAACAGGCUGAAUGGGAUCGUCGUGGCAAGGAAAUGGAAACUGUGCUGCGAUCAGUUCGAGAUGAGCUGGAGGAUGGCGAGCGUGAGCGUGACCGUCUCACACGGAAGGUCGAAGAGGUGGAAAAGGCCAAGGAGCAGUUGGAAGGUCGGAUUGUUGAGCUCGAGACCCAGCUCUCCGCCGCACGCUCAUCCUCGGCCUCUGUGUCUCAAUCUAGCUCUACUGCUGGCUCUCGCCAGGCUUCUCAAUCAUCCGAGGCCACCGCUCGCGAGGUGCAGGAAGCCGUUGAAAAGGUUGCUCGCGAGUUGCACACGCUGUACAAAAGCAAGCACGAGACCAAGGUUGCUGCUUUGAAGAAGAGCUACGAGGCUCGUUGGGAGAAGCGUCUGCGUGAGGUUGAGAGAAAACUCGCCACCGCGACCCAGAACAACGAGCGUCUCAGGGUUGAGCGUGAUGAGGCGCAGUCCGAGUCCAUGGCGGCUGCCAACGCCAGUAUGAUUGCGCGCGAGAAUGACGAGCACGAGGCUGAGAAGCGCGUCUUUGAGGCUCAGAUUAAGGGUCUGCAGCAUGAGAUGGCCGCGCUUAAGGAAGAUAGUGAGCAUCUUCGCUCGGAGCUCAAGUCGGAACGUGCCGAGAAGGGUGAGCUCGUUGCUGCCGUUGAUGAGUGGCUCGCCAUGCAGCAGGGUCAACCUGCACAGCUGCUGCAGCCGCAGCCGCAGGAGCGCGAGCAUGAGCGUGAGCCUGAACGUGAACUCUCUGUUUCCUCGGCUGGUGCCCAUGAAGGAGAGUAUCAGUCUGCCGGUGAGCCUGUGGAGAACUUCAACCGCAGUAUCGGCCGCUCUGGCUCAGUCCCGGGUGGCAUUCGUGCCCCUGCAGCGAAUGAGAAACGGAUUUCCCGGUUCGGUGCUCCUGGUGGUCAUUCACGGGGAAAUAGUGGUGGGAAGUCGGGGAUUGCAGUGUUUACGCCUGGUCGGGGUGGUAUUAUGAGCUCGAUCGAGCGGAUGGGCCGUGGUGGUGCUUAG